AUGCAGGUGGACCUGUUCCAGCUACAACCGGGCAAAGGGAAGCUCAAGGUCAUGAACAUCACCUUACGGAAGUCACAUCGGGGCACCAGCAACGAGUCGCAGCAUCGAUUUCUCUUUCCGCUCUGCACCUCUCUGCACCGCCUGCUGCGCGUUGAUCGCGUGCUGCUCUUGGCACCGGAAGUGCGGUUCCACUACGACGUGUCCUUUCUUUGGGCGCAGUUCGAACAGUUUCCCGCAGAAGCUGUAUUCGGCCUGGCACGGGAGCAGAGCCCCAGGUACGCUCGCACCCUGAAGCAUCGGAGGGGCGUCGCCCCAAAGCAGGGCGGCUGCGGAGAUCCCCCGACCAUUGGCGGCAACCCGGGCCUGAAUGGUGCCGUCGCCUUGCUGAACCUCGAAGGCAUGCGGCAGUCGCGGGAGUACAGCCGUCUCUACUCCGAAAUCGACGACAUAGCCGAGAAAUACGGCUGGUACGGAGGGCCGCUCGCCGACCACGAUUUCUAUACGAUGGCCUCGUGUCAAUUACCGGCACUCCUGCAUCUUCUACCCUGCGCCUGGAAUAGGCAGGUGAGAGAACGCCGCUCCCUGUAG